UUAUAGAAAAAUAAAAUGCAAACCCCUACGAAUAAGGAUUCAAAAUUACACAGUAAAUUAAUAUCACCAAUACGUACUCCCGAUUUAUUGCAGAAACCAUUAGUUGACAGCACAGUUAAGCGGAGAGUGUCUGAUGUAUGUGUAUCUUUUCAUAAAUGUAUUCAACAAUGGGAAUCAGAUAAUCUAUCAAGUUUUAAUACAGCAAGUACUCUAUGCAACUUAUACAGUCAGUGGAACCUUUUUGAUGAUGAGGAAGAAAAGAUCGAAGAGCUUUCAGAAUCUUUACAACGAAAAUAUUAUGUUAAGAUUGCACUACAGCGUGAAGAUUUGCUAAAGCAGCUAAAAGAACAGCGUUCAAAGUUGAAAAUAAAUAUUGAAAAGUUAACUUCACUUGUGGAUAACUUAAAAGUCAUUUAUUACAUGAGUGCAGCUUCUGUACAAACACUCCAACAGAAUGAGCCAGAAAAUAUGCCUGUUGUUUUCACAACAUGGACUCCCAAGAUGUUUUACAUAAAUGCUAAACUAAUUUUAAACAUGUACACUAAGGAAUAUUUGCUAAAGGAGCGUCUUUUUGAUUAUUUUUUUGCUUUUCGAUUAAAAAAAAAUGAAACCACAAAAGUUGGAAUUUUGACUCAAUGCAUUAGUAUUUGGCUUCACCAACCUUAUAUUGAACCAAAGAUAAAAUUUUUGCUAGACUCAAUGCUUGUAGAAGCUGAGCUAAAAUAAAUUCUGAAAUUGGACAUAAUAUUGUUAAUUGAAAUUAUGCAAAUAUAACUUGUUUUAUUA